AUGCCGUUGUCUACUUUGUUUUUCACCUGCUUCUCCGUUCCGCGGGUAGAGCAUUGGGGCCGGCGAGGACUUAUGCUGCUGUCCACCUUUGGCCAGUUCCUCUCGUUCUUGAUCAUCACCAUCUUGUUGCGCUUUACAGAGACUAGCGGGAAAGGCUCGAAUGUGGCCUCUCCGUCCAUUGCCUUCUUCUUUUUGUUUUAUAUUUCCUUUGGUCUGGGGAUUCUCGGUAUCCCCUGGCUCUAUCCCACCGAAAUCAGCUCGCUGUCCAUGCGGACUAAAAGCACGGCCGUUCCAACCGCCACGAACUGUAUUGGAUGGAACUUUUGGAUCGUGUGGACGGUAUUCAACGCGGCUUUCCUCCCCGUGCUAUACUUCUUCUACCCCGAGACCGGUUCGUUGGCAGCCAUUCGUACCCGUUUUCGUUUGGGAUGA